CGAAUUUUCUUCCAAGGUCGCUUUCGUUUGCUUGUUGUGCACGCGUGAAAGACUCGACAAGUAUCACAAUACCCUAAAGUGGUGCAGAAAUCUCAGUAGAUCGCUCAGAUCUGAAGCAGACUGUAUUUUUGUUACGUUUUAGGUCCCAAAAUGGAGAUUUCAAGUAGGAGUGGGGAGGGGGGCAGUCAUCAUCAUCUUAUCGUUCCGUGCCAGUACUGCAGGCAGGCGGGAAAUAUCGCCCAGUUCCGAGGCUACCAUCGGCAGUGUCUUCUUGAGCUAUGGCGUGAGGAAGACGCCAUUCAGGAAGACACCAGUCAGGAAGAUGAAGUUGACAUGUACACAGAAGAAAAUGAAGAAGAAGACUCCAGUCAGGAAGACACCAGUCAGGAGACAAAAGAAGAGAUGAAAAAUUCUCCCAAUGCGAUGGAAUUGGAUGGGGAGGAAACAGGGACAGAUCGGAAGUGUAAAGUGUGUGACAAAACUUAUCCUGAUUGGACAGCCUUGCAGAGGCACAUGCGAGUUCAUGCAAAACGUCCCUUUGAAUGUAAAAUCUGCAAGAAAUCUUUCACUUUCAAGACUGGACUUGAGAAACACAUGGGGACUCAUAUGCAUGAGGAAGACAUAUUGACUGAUGAGGAAGACAUGGGGACUGAUGAGGAAGACAUGGGGACUCACGAAGAAGACAUGGGGACUCAUGAGGAAGACAUGGGGACUCAUGAGGAACAGACUACAAAACAGAAGGAAACUCCUGUUACGUGUAACACAAAUUCUUUAAAGACUCAUCGUAGGGGGCGUCCAAAGAAACGUACCAGAGUCCGCAUCGGAGAUAAGCGGGUCAAAUGUGAGACGUGUGGCAACACGUUCGCUGAAAUGAAAUGUUUAAUUCGCCAUCGUAGGAUACACACAGGUGAAAAGCCAUAUGCAUGUACUCAGUGCGACAUGAAAUUCACCCAAAGCAACGGUCUGAUACAACACUUAAGAACUCACACCGGUGAGAGACCUUACCAGUGUGACGUGUGCGGAAAGGCCUUCGCUCAGAAGGGUAACCGAGAUAGUCACAUGAUUGUCCAUACUGGAGAAAGGCCAUUCUGCUGUCACAUGUGCAAGAAGACGUUUAAGUCCUCACAAUACUUAAAAUAUCACAUGAACAAGCACACAGGGGAAAAGCCAUACCAGUGUGACGUAUGCAACAUGGCAUUUUACUAUCCAGAAAACCUUCGGAUUCAUAAGCUCGGGCACAGCGAAGAGAGGCGUUAUAUGUGCGACGUAUGCGGGAUGCGGUUCAAGCGUUCAGACUACCUUAAAGAUCACCACAGAAACUUCCAUACCGAAGCAGGAAAGCUUAGAUUAAAGAAGAAGAGAGAACAACAUCGAGAAAACAGGGAGUACAAGUUUGGAUGCAGGCCAUGCCUGAAACUUUUCUAUACCAAGGACUGUUAUAAAUCACAUCUCAAAAGUAAAAAGCACCAGGUUAAGGCUGCAAGACAGGCAGAAAUAGACGGGGAAUUAAAAGAAGCCUGUGAUUCACUUCGUCAGUCAGAUCCUGAAGAGAAAAUGGAAGACACCUUGUCCGAAAAUGUACAACAAGAACCAGAUACAGGGACGGAGGAGAGCCAAGAUUGUAAUAAAGAAGACACAAAGUCUAUUAUGGAAGACAACAUGUCUGAAAAUAUAGAACAAGUACCAGUUACAGGGACAGAGGAGACACAAGAUUCUGACAAAGAAGACACAAAGUCUAUUAUGAAAGACACCAUGUCUGAAAAUGUACAACAGGAACUAGAUAAAGGGACAGAGGAGAGACAAGAUUCCUACAAAGAAGACACAGAGUCUAUUCUGGAAGACACCAUGUCUGAAAAUGUACAGCAUAACCCAAAUAAAGGGACAGAGGAGAGCCAAGAUUCCAACAAAGACACCGAGUCAAUUAUGGAAAAUACCAUGUCUGAAAAUGUACAACAACAACAAGAUAAUGGGACAGAGGAGAGCCAAGAUUCUGACAAAGAAGACACAGACUUUAUUGUGGAAGAUACCAUGUCCGAAAAUGUACAAGACCCAGAUAAAGUGACAGAGGAGAGCCAAGAUUCCAACAAAGAAGACACUGAGUCUAUUAUGGAAGACACCAUGUCUGAAAAUGUACAACAAGUACCAGUUACAGGGACAGAAGAGAGCCAAGAUUCUGACAAAGAAGACACAGAGUCUAUUAGGGAAGACACCUUGUCUGAAAAUGCACAACAAGAACCAGAUCAAGGGACAGAGGAGAGCCAAGGUUCUGAUGAAGAAGACACAGAGUCUAUUAUGGAAGACACCUUGUCUGAAAAUGUACAACAAGAACCGGAUAUAGGGACAGAGGAGAGCCAAGAGUCCAACAAAGAAGACACAGAGUCUAUUAGGGAAAACACUAUGUCUGAAAAUGUACAAGAAGAACCAGACAAAGGGACAGAGGAGAGACAAGAUUCCAACAAAGAAGACACAGAAGAUUUAAGCUGCAAGGUGUGCUUAAAAUCUUUCCCUGUCCAAAAAGCCUUGGAGAGACACAUGCGAGUUCACUCCAACUGCAGUUUCAUGUGUUACCGAUGUGGAAAAUCCUUUGUGUAUAAGAGUGGUCUAGAAAAACACAUGGACAAACAUGCUGACAUCGUCACCUACACUUGUAAAACUUGCGGCGAAACAUUUGAUACUGAGAAAUACUUAAAGGAGCAUAGUAAGUCUCAUAGAGAAAAGGCACCGUUCACUUGCAAGACGUGUGGUAAAGUCUUAACGACUAAAUUUGGGCUUACACAGCACAUGUUCACCCACGGCAAUGUCAGACCCUAUCAGUGUUCGUUCUGUGAUCGGAGUUUCAUACAAGCGAGUGUGCUGAAGGCCCACCUGAGACGACACACUGGUGAGAGACCAUAUAAGUGCCCGCACUGCCAGAAGGGGUUUUGCCAAUUGUCUGGUUUGAAAGCGCAUGUCCCUACCCACAGUGGGAAGAAGGAAUUUACCUGUGAAGUCUGCAAAAAGCAGUUCGGAACACAGAAAGGCUUGAAAAAACACCGUCAAACUCACUCAAAGGAGAAACCCUUUCAAUGUGGGUUAUGUGACGCAAAGUUUAUCAUGCGGCAAAAUCUACAGAGUCAUGUGAAGCACAUGCAUACUGCUCGAACACCUUUCACAUGUGAUGUGUGUGGUAAGAAGUACAUGACUAAAUCAAGUUUGAAGGUACACAUGCUACACGUGCAUAUAGAACCAGACAGGAUUUACACAUGCCAGGUUUGUAGUAAGACCUUUCGCGACAAGUACUACCUCAGUCAACAUGCAAAGAAGCAUGAUGACAAUCGCGAGUACAAGUUUGGGUGUCGCCUGUGUCAGAAACUCUUCUAUGACAGACAGCUUUACAACUAUCAUAUGAAGAGUAAGAAGCACCUGAAACGUGUGGCCGCCACAGAAGAAAACAAGCCCAACUGAAAAUUUCGUCGAAGAAUUUUAGAACUUUCAGUUUUUAAAGUUCCUAAGCAUUUUAUUGUUAAAUUCUCCUAAUGAAAUAGAAUUAAGUUUUGCAAAAUCAUUGCUAGAAUCAUACUGAGACCUAUGUCCUUGUAUUGAUAAAGUAAAGACUGUUGUAUGUAACUAGAUUAGAGGUUUGAUAUUGUAUCUCAGUAAAGUAUUUCAAUCCCUUUUAUUUAGUUAUGGGAAACUUUAAGAAUGUAUUGCAGAGUUAAGGGCUUAGGUAUACCGUUAGGUACAAAUUUUGUUCCUAAUUAUAACCAUUAGGGUUGGUGCUCUCUAUUGUCCUUCUAAUCUAUCAGUGUGGUGAUGAUAGAAAGACUAGCCGGUGUGUUAUGCCAAAGGGCGGUUGUACCGACUAUAUAGAUACAGAUAUAGAUAUCAGGCAAAAAUAACAGAGCCAUUGUUUCAAACCGGUCAACAGUAACGCUAUAUUAAACAAAAGUGACACAA